AUGACAGAUACCAGCGAUCAAACAGAUAAGUCUGAUGUUACCCGGAAACAGCCUAAGAAGAAGUCGACCAUCUUGUACAAGGUCAGAGGCAAAAUGGGAUGGGGAGUCGAGCAGACUGGUCUUACCAAGGAGUUCCAAGCUUCGAUCAACCGGUAUGAGUCGUACCAGAAGCAGAUCGGCAAGUUUCUGGAUUGUCUGGAAGGUAAGAAUGGAGAUUUUAGGUUGAUAUUGAUGUUAUUCAUGGUCUUUUGUGAGAAGAUGUUAAUUAUGGGGGUGCAUAAAGUUAAGAAUGACGUGGAAUUGUAGGUAUAGUAAGAUUGUUGUAGGUGUGCUGCAGAUGAAUCCAAGUCUUCGUGAUUGCAUCGAUAUUAAGUCCGAGGACGACAGUUUGCGCAGGAUGGCUGUUGGUGUACGGCACUGGCAUCCCACCGUUCCUGAGAACAGACAAGUGAGUUCAAUAGCAAAUUUAGUCCAGUCAGUUCAGUAAAAUCGGUGUCCCUUAGCCUUAUACAAGCCUUAGGCUAAAUUAGGCCUUUAGACUAAUAAUAUGAAUGUUUUUAGGCCACAAUGGAAAAAGUUGAGUCAUUGUUCAAAGGAAUGUCCGAAACAAGACGCUACGCUCAAAUGAACACUGGAGCUGUCAUCAACAAGCUGCGGACGUUCGCAACCGCCGAGAACGAGGCGUUCCAGGAAAACUUUAAGAACUUGAUGGAUCAACGUGACUAUAUGGAUGAAGCACGUACCAAGGUAAUGGUUUAUCAGCUUUAUUAAAAAUUUUUUUAAAUUUUGAUUUUUUAAAAUAAAAUUUUUUUUUAAAUUUAGAUUUAAAACUAAAAAAAAAUUUUUUUUAGAUAAUCUUGUACCUGAUUUUUUGAUUGUUUUACUAAACUACUAUAAGUAUUAGAAAAUAUUUUAAAAUUUUUAGUUGAAAAAGGCCAAGACCAGAGAAGAGUUAGAUAAUUUGGGCCGAGACUACGAAGAGUCGGUAAAUAUGUUCAACCAGAUCGCCGAGAAAAUAGCCAAAGCUUGUGAUAGUCUCAGUGUUGAUGUUCAGAGUCAUCAGAAGGCAGUCUACGCAGUAAGUUUACCUUUUUUCUAUAGUUUGUGGCAAAUAUAGUGCUUAUACCUCUUAGAUAAGGCUAAAACCUUUGUUUUGUUGGCAAAGGUUGUAGUAUAUUACUAUGUAUUAGCUGCCAACAUAAAGAACCCGCCGUUCUUACAUGAAAUUACAAGCAAUGUAUGGCGAUUUUUUAUGUCGGCAGCUAAUACCUAGACAUGCAUAAUAAAGUGCUGUAUAUGCAUAGUGCUGGCUUAUGAUUUUACUUUCAGUUCAUGCGCCAACAAUACUUCUUUCACUCUCAGAUUAGUAAUAUGUUGAUAAAUGGUCUGAAAGAUUUGAACAUUGCCUUAGAACCUCCAGAGAAAUGGGUGGAAAAGAAGUAG